AUGAAACUUGCCGAGAUUAUUCUCAUCAAUAAUGUGCUUCAAAAGCACAAGGAAAGCGGAGCACCUGUGAAAACUGUUAUGGAAACUUGGGAUCAUUUACAGAUUCAAGUUGCCCUGUACUUCAACGGAGAAUUGUCUGCUUUGCCACCCGAACUACGUCCUAAGAAGCCAGUUCGCGGUCUAUGUCAACGUCUGAAGGGCAAACAUGGUCGUUUCCGCGGGAACCUUUCAGGAAAACGAGUGGAUUACACCGCUAGA